GAGAAGUUUUCAUCAUAAUUCCUAUACAAAAUUAUAAUACUGGAUGGAUUUUAAUUUAACAAAUACAUCCAAAUGGAAUUACAGGUUCAAAAGGUCGCCGUUUUGUUGUGUCUGUUAGUCGGACUUUAUACAGCGAUUGUGUACAUAUUACCAAAAGGUGAAGCCCAAGCGCAACCCAAACCAGCAAGAUGGAGUUAUGAUUCAAAAAGAAGAAAAGCGCACGUGGAACUCGUACAAAAGGAUACCAAUUACAUGAAAGCAUUUCAUCUUCCGAUCACAACUGGGUUAAAUGACGUCAUAAGUGAAAAGGAGGCAUUGAAAUUCAAACCUUGUGCAGAUUCAAAACUUGCAGCCAAUACAAAUACAUCGAUGCUAAAAUUAAUAGGAGAUCACCACGGUACAUAUCGUUUAGGGGAUACGAUUACUGUACAAACAACAAUGUACGAUGCAUACGGACAAGCUAAAACAACUGGAGGAGACAAUAUACGUGGACGAAUGUCUAGUCCUGACUUGAGGGCGUAUGCACCAGGGACUGUCAAAGACCACAACAAUGGAACAUAUUCUAUCAUUUUUGAAGCACUCUGGAGUGGAGAGGCGUACAUAACUGUAACAAUUGCUUACACAAGGGAGGCAAUUACAGCUAUGUACCGACUUCAUCUAACUCAAAUUUCUUUAAAGCUAAUUCUGACGAAGUUUCAGACUGGGAAUAUUCAGGAAGAUGUCAUUUGUCAUCCGGACGAAAACUUAACUGCUUAUACAAAAUAUAAAGAUGUUUGCAAUUUCACACAGCUGAACUCGGGCAUGCCAUGGUAUUGUGGGAAACCACAUAAUCCGAAGCUAAGUUGUAGCCAUUGGACAAAAGUAAGACAUGUUCUCCCGACUUGGCCGAAAUCAAUAAGUAAAUGUGAGAAAGAACUUUUAGCAUUCAGAGCGCACAAGGAUUUAUUCAAGAAAAUUAAAGUACUGGUUACAAAACCUGCACAGUUAAAAAACAAAAAGUCAGUUGCCUUUUUACAAUCGACCACUUCAUGUCAAAUCUAUAAUACUUCCAAGCUUUGGUUCAGAAAGACUACGACUGGAUAUUUCUUCAAAGGACAGUGGAAAAUGCAACACUGCAAAGGUUUUCAUCGCGCUUAUUUUGAUAACUGUUUGAGGAAUAGAAAGCUUUAUCUUAUUGGAGACUCUACAACGAGACAGUGGUACGAGGACAUUCUUAAACGUUAUAACUGUAUCCAAUUUACAGAACAAUGGAAGUAUGCCAAAUGGAAGAAACCGUCCGGCUGUACUGUGGCAAGAAAUAACUUCACCGUGGCCCUGUCUACGCAUUGUCAACCAUUUUAUGUAGGAACAUUUUGGAUAGACCCAAAGUUUACCUUUAAUUCGAUUUCCAAACAAAUCGACUCAAUAUCUAGUCAUGAAGAUGUGAUAGUUUUAAUUCACAUCUUUUUACACAUGAAUACUUUUCACCACAAACACUUCCGGUACAAAAUGAGAGCGAUACGUAACAGCGUUGAAAAAUUGAUUCAACGGAAUGAAAAGGCGAAAGUAUUUAUUAAAAUGCCACAUACGUAUUCUAGCGUUCAUCAGGAUAAUGGUGCAAUUAACGAUUUUUCCGGGUAUAUCUACUCAGGCAUAAUUGUGGAGGAAUUUCGCGGGUUGUAUGACAAAGUGACAGUUUUAGACAACAAAGACGCGACUAUUGCAGUCGCUUCCGGUGGACUACAUCCGUUACCAUAUAUAGUUUCAGCCAUGGUUGAUCAAAUGUUUAGCUACAUUUGUGGAUAAAAUUCCCAGUAGUAUUAAACAUACAUGUAUGUUAAGA